CACGAUUCACGAAGCUGAAGCACUGUUGUUCACGACGUCAUUGUGGGCUCCGCAAGGGGCGGGCCUUCUGGGCCAAGCUCCAGCCGCAGAACCCUGAUCGUUGCGGUAGCCCACGUGUCCGGAACAUGGCGAACUCGGCAGAGUUCCUCGCUGCGGCGCCGCCCCGCCCAGAUUGGCAACCGAUUGGCGUUGACGCGCGCUGCGAUUCGAUUCCUUCGUCCCCUCCCCCCCUCCUGCACCAACCACCAGAACAGCCUUGCGCGAGCUGGCAAGCGCUCGACAAGCUGACCGGCCUGCGUAUUGUAGCUAGCGCGCCGUUUUGGCCGUUGGACCGGGGCUCGCAACAGCUCCGUGGCUGCCCCCUCGAUGCCCUUUGCACGGCUGCCGAUGCCCCCGACGACGCAGGACGCGCAAGCUGCCUUGAGGUGCGGAUGGGCAACCGCCACACGCUGACGUCGCCGGCUGGCGGGAGCUCAUCUUGGGGACUCUUGACGUGGUUGUGGGAAAUCGUCGAUGAGAUCGGAUUUACACGCAGCUGCAACAAGAAUCACGUUACACUCAGCAGCUGCAUGAGGGGGAAAAAAGUGAGAUGCAAGCGAGAAAAGAAAAGAAGAGAAAGAGAAAAAAGAAGUAAUAAGCGGACGGUAUGCCUUUCUGGACGGCGGGUUUGCGGGCAAUCAAACUGUAGUGGGUUGUUGAGUGCUUGGCAGGCGAGGUGGCGAACUUCACCACUUCCCAAAAGAACAAGCGGCAUGACGUUUCUUUCGGAAAGGCGGUGUUUUUUCGUGUCGCGGCUGCGGGCGCUGCGGGCGCUGCGGGCACAGCCCUGCGCGCGUGUUCCACUUUCUCCCUCCUUCUCCCGCCCUCGCCAGCAUCGUCAACGUCACCCAGACAAAGCAAAAAAGGAGCCAACGGAUCUAACAGCAUCGCCAAAAUCCGCAGUCUGGACCAUGGCGGCGGGUGCGCACUUCCUCGUCUCUCAUCGUCCAUCAGUCCUGCUCAUCAUACCGCCCAAUUUCCGCUUCCGCCCUCGGUAAGCUCCGCCGACAAGCAUCCCCAUGUCAACACCGGCUGUCGGCGAUCUCGCCAAAUUCCACCACGCCGGACUUCAAUCUACCACCCACGAGCACAUCGAGAGCAAUCUCCCGGUGCACGAUUAACCACUUGCCUCGCUUUGGCUGUCUCCUCCGCACCGCCAGACUCGUGCCUCGUCGGCUGUGAGGUCCCGCCGCGGCGGCGGAACUGCUUCCUACUCCGGCUGUUGGCUGUGUCUACCCCGAUGCUACCUCCCUCGCUCCCGUUGCAUCGCCAAUCAUC